GGUUGAGAAAGAAACCGCUGCAUGGGCUUCAUCUGGCACGAGCACUAUCCUCGCCGUCUUGCACGCAAAAGAGAUUUGCCCACAAAUUAUCUUGCACGACAACCUGCCCACCAUGAGAUUCUUUUCCAUCACAAAUACCUUCCUCUCAUACUGUGCUGCGUCCGCCGUGGCAGCUGCCGUUCUCCCCGCCGCCUCCGACCGCGAGCUCCGCAUCCCAACCUCGUACGAAUCAGCCGUUCUCGGCCGGCGCAUCCUAGCCCUCACCCCGCUUGGCACGCUCUCAACCGUGUUCCCAAGGGAAGAAGACAGCGAUGGCGCCUCCGCGCAGAUGCAUCAUCGGCCCUCGGGCCUCGGCGGCUUGCCGUACGGCCUGAUGGAGUACAUCGCCGACUGCGAAGACGACGACCUGGGCAACCCGACCAUCCUGGCCAUUACCAUCGGGACGACCUUCCGGAACGCCGCCGCGGGGAGCAACGUGAGCCUCGCUGUGCAGUGGACACCGCCGCAUCCUCCCGCCAAGCGGAUAAAGAGUGGCACCCAGAGGAGCUGGCUCUCCCGCUUGGGCCUGACCCGCGCCGGCCCCAACGACGACUACGACUACGACGAUGAGACAGCCGAGCAACAUCACAAGCAUCGCAGCAUCGCCCUGCCCUACUCGGCCGCCAAUCUCCCGCGCUUCUCGCUGAUCGGCUACCUCGAGCCGAUCGACGGCGGCGACGACCGCACCGGAGACGUCGGCGCCAGGCUGGCGCGCUGCUUCGUCGACUCGCAUCCCGACGCCAAGUACUGGCUGCCCGGCAACCCCAUUCACGAGGCACACUUUGUGCGCCUCGUCGUCCAGCAGAUCUACUGGGUCGGCGGAUUUGGCGACCGCGCUUUUAUCGGAUGGAUUCCUGUCGAGGAGUGGCGGAACGUCUCUCGGACAGAGUGGCAGAAGGCGCGGCUGCCUGGGGAGAAGAAAGGAUGGAAGGAAUGGUCCGUGUGGACGGAUCUGUAGAUCCCCAGGUUGGGGAGCUAGAGGUAGCGCCUCCGUUCUCGCUCUGCCUCGAUGGUUGACGAAAACUGUCGCGAGCAUGGCGGACAGUUCCUGGAACGCAUUCGAUAGCAAAGCGUUGCUUUUUGAAGCAAGCGGACUAUGUAUAAACCCCGACGAGUACCACAAGAAUGUCAAUUAUCAGAGAACGUGACCUGAAUGGAGAUGAACAGGGUAUGGACGAAUAUUGGCCAUACACUCGCC